AUAAUCUUCAUGUAAGCUACCAGGUUCCAGACAGCUUUGGCUACGUUCCUGACUUCAGCUCCUUCGCAUCUCUUGAACGUUGGUAAUCAGAAUUAUCCGCUGCACGCGAGGCUUGCCGUUUCUCCUACAUCUGGUCGAUAACCGUCCGCUUCAAUCUCUUAGAACCAUCUAUUUAAAUUCGUCGCACGUCGCAAUGAGUCGCAUAGUCGGUCGCGGGGGUACGGAUCCCUACUCGAGAGACGUCGAGAUGCGGUCGUCAACGAGCCUCCGCUCGUCCUCCUCCCUCUCCUCCACUCCCUCCGCUCCCCUCGCGCACUCCCGCUCCGGCGAAUACCCCCACGCUCCCACCCACCACGCUUUCGUGUCAUCUCAUAACGAGUACGCGGACGACAGCCAUUCCGCGUAUCAUCAAGGGGGUCAGUUCCACUCGUACGCGUCCGGCAGUACGAUCGUACCGUACGCGUACCCGCCUCCUCCGCCGCCUGAAUACCCCUCCGGUGCCAACCCAGCAGCAUCGUACCCCCCAGUCGAUCCGCGUUCAAACCCGCGUUCUAACCCGCAUGAUCCCGCGCGAAAGCCGCGGUGGUAUAAGAGAGUCCCAUGGCUGGCGCUUACAGUCAUAAUCGCCUGCAUAGCGGUCUUUACUGUGACUAUGGCGGUGAAUAAUUGCCCGUCGAAGCCACACCCGCCGGGCCAGAGCUGCGUGCUGCCGUGGCUGGGCCGGUUCUCCUUCGAGCCGCUCAACAUCAACCCGCUCUUCGGACCCACCGCCUUAACGCUUCAGGACAUGGGCGCGCUCAACAGUAACCUGGUUACCAACUACCACCAAGGCUGGCGGCUGGUAACGGCCAUGUGGUUACACGGCGGCAUGGUGCACCUCUUCUGUAACCUGCUCGCCAUCGGCUUCCUGCUCAACCGCCUCGAGAAGGAGUUUGGACUGUGGCGUCCGUCGGUGAUCUACCUUCUCAGCGGCGUCUACUCCGCUGUCUUCUCCUGCCUCUUCCUCAACGCACAGAUCAGCGUGGGUGCAUCGGGAGCGCUGUUUGGGCUGGUGGGCGCAUGCCUGUCGGAGCUACUGAUGAACUGGAAGCUCUACGACAACAGGUUCUCAGCGCUUAUGACUCUCGUGGUCCUCAUAGCCAUCAACCUGGCCAUUGGCCUGCUGCCUUACAUUGACAACUUCGCCCACAUAGGCGGCUGCAUAGCUGGCUUCUUCCUGGGGUUCGCCCUCCUGGUGAAGCCGCAGCUGGGCUUCAUCGACCUCCGGGAUAGCUCCGGGGUCGCGACCGCGACUGCGAUUGCGGUGUCCGGGGGGGACCCGGUGACUAAGAAGUACUCCACCUGCCAGGUGUACACGCGGAUCAUAUCGGGGAUAUGCUUUAUUGCUCUCUUCGCAGGCUGCAUGGCGGUGCUCUUCACUAAAGGCAACGUGGCUGCGGACUGCAGCUGGUGCCGCUACAUGUCGUGUGUGCCCACCCCCUGGUGGACCUGUGACCCCAACGCCCCAGGCACACAAGCCCAAGGACCCGUUUGCCAGGUCCGAUCCUAUCAAAACGGCACGGGUGCGCUCGUGUGCACCAAUCAGACUAUGCUUGCCAUCCCAAACAUUACAUCAAUGGCCAAUUAUGACCUCAGGGUGUUGUGCACGCAAGCUUGCAGCUGAAGCUGUGGGAAGGAUUGCACACCCUUGUUUCAUACGCUGUAAAGAGAGAAUCUUGUAGGUACUGGUAUGCUCAUUCUCCGAUUCCUGCAUGUUACGGAGGAACCUUUUGUGAUGAGCAUAUUUCUUAUGCUUGUUUUCAUCGUCCACUUAGGCAUGAAAUUGACCCAGUGUACUCGCUACACCGCCCCCUGAGAGACUUGGAAGUAUCUCGUC